AUGGCUUUGGUUGGACAGGCUUUGCUCUCCGGUUCGAUCCAGGUGCUGUGCGAAAAGAUUGCUUCGAGAGAGUUCGUGGACUUCUUCCGGGCAAGAAGACUCAAUCAUUCGCUCAUGGACAAACUGAAGGUGACAUUGAAUACACUUCAUGCAGUGCUCAACGACGCAGAGGAGAAGCAGAUUGUCAACCUUGCAGUCGGGGUGUGGCUUAACGAUCUCAAAGAUGCUGUGUUCUAUGCGGAGGACUUGGUGGAUGAGAUCGAUUCUGAAGCUUUGCGUCACGAGGUGAAAGAUCAGACUAAGCAAACCCAGGUGUGCAACUUCCUUUCUACCUCUCGUAAUCCUUUUAAUUAUAAAGGCAUGAAUGGUAGGAUAAAGGAGUUAUUUGAGAGGUUAGAACGCCUUGCAGAACAGCGAAAUCGCCUUGGUCUUAGUGAAGGUAUUGGGCGCAAUGUUUCACAAAGAACUCCCACAACUUCUGUAGUUGAGGAAGGAUUCUGUCCUUAUGGUAGGGAUAAGGAUAAAGAAAAUAUAAAAAAACUACUGCUGGUAUCUGACAAUGGAAGUAGCAGUAAUUUUUCUGUAGUCCCUAUAGUCGGAAUGGGCGGGGUUGGUAAGACAACCCUUGCUCAACUCCUUUACAAUGAUGAACAAGUUAAAGAGCAUUUUGACAUUCAUGCUUGGACCAAGGGAACAAGUAAGGAGGGAACAAGUGAGGGACGUCUCAGAUAUGAUUCCCUUGAAAUUCGACUAAGGGAGCAAGUAAGGGGAAAGCCAUUUUUAUUUGUCCUGGAUGACCUUUGGAAUGAGAGCUAUGAUGACUGGGAUCGUCUACGAACUCUUUUCACUUAUGGGGCGAAGGGAAGCAAGGUCAUUGUAACAACAAGGAGCAGACGUGUUGCAUCCACCGUGCGCAAUACUAUUCCAAUUCAUGACUUGGAAAAAUUGUCGGACGAUGAUUGUUGGUUGUUACUGGCAAAACAUGCAUUUAGAAAUGAAAACUCUAGUGCACAUCCAGACUUGGAAGAAGUUGGUAAGAAAAUUGCACGUAAGUGCAACGGUUUGCCUUUAGCUUCAAAAACACUAGGGGGUCUCUUAGGUUGCAACCUAGACUACAAGGAAUGGAAUUACAUAUUGGAUAGCAAUCUUUGGGAUCUUCGACACCCUAAUAGUGUUCUUCCUUCUCUAAGAUUGAGUUACCAUUACCUUCCAAGUUACUUGAAACGAUGCUUUGCUUAUUGCUCAAUUUUUCCAAAGGGCUAUGAAUUGGAAAAGGAAACUGUAAUUCUACUAUGGGUGGCAGAAGGUUUAAUUCCACAAUCAGAUAGUGGGAAUACAAUGGAGGAGGUUGGUGAAGGAUACUUUGACGAACUGUUAUCGCGAUCAUUGUUUCAAAGACCAAGAUUGGAUCAACCAAGAUUCACUAUGCAUGAUCUCAUCAAUGACUUGGCUAAGUUUGUGUCUGGAGAGUUUUGUUUUAGGUUGGAUCUGGAACUUUCACAUGAAGCUCGUAAAAGAGUUCGCCACUUCUCGUAUGUGAGAGGAAAGUUUGAUACAUCUUCAAAAUUUCAGCCAUUAGAUGGAGUGAAGUAUUUGCACACAUUCUUUCCAUUGUCUUUAACACCAUAUGACACAAGGGAAGGCGAAGUAUAUGUAAGCAAUAAGGUUCAAGAUGAUUUUCUGCCAACACAAAAAUAUUUACGGGUAAUAUCAUUGUCAAGAUAUGGAAAUAUCACUCACUUACCUGAUUCCAUUGGUAAUCACAUACACUUGCGCUACAUUGAUCUCUCUUAUACGACAAUUAAAAGGUUACCAGAUUCAGUGUGUACCCUCUACAAUUUACAAACUCUGUUGUUGUUAGGUUGUUAUUCUCUUGUUAAACUGCCUGCAGACAUGAGGAAAUUAAUUCAUUUGCGUCAUCUUGAUAUCGACAGAACUGGCAUAAAAAAAAUGCCCGUGCAUAUGGGUAGAUUAAAAAGCUUGAGAACACUGACAGCUUUUGUGUUGGGGAAAUCUACUGGGUCAAGCAUUGCAGAACUGAGGGAGUUGUCGCACCUUCGAGGGAAAAUUUCUAUCUUGAAUCUGGAAAAUGUAGUCAGAGCUAUUGAUGCCUUGCUGAAGGAUAAGAAUGAUCUCAAUGAGGUAGAGUUGCAAUGGGGUUAUAAGGUUUUGCAUGAUUCCGUAAAAGAGAGACAGGUACUUGAAGGACUACAACCUUCGGUAAAUUUGGUGAAACUAACCAUCAGAUUUUAUGGUGGAACCAGUUUCCCGAAUUGGGUGGGAGACUCGUCCUUCCCCAACCUACAAGUGAUGCGUCUCAGCGGUUGUAGUAAUUGCAGUUCACUGCCACCAGUUGGUCGGCUACCUGCUCUCAAAGAGCUCUACGUAGAAGGGAUGGAAUUUGUUACGAGUGUUGGUGUUGAAUUCUAUGGGGGAAAUCAACCAUUUCAAUCUUUAGAGAAGCUACAGUUUUGGAAUAUGCCAAAGUGGGAGGAAUGGCUGCCGAGUCCAAGUGGAGCUGAGAGGAAGCUUGCCCACUCAUCUUCCUUCCCUGGAGAUAAUUAG